GUCUGAAGUAGGGAGGCGAAGAAGAGAGCCGGCGCGCCUGCGCAGUCUUCGGGUUCGGUCCGCCGCCGACGCCGCUCCUGCUCUGUGCCUGUGGGACUCCGGCGGGAGGGGCGGGGGGACUCGGAGCGGAACGGAUGCUCCCGUGCGUGCGGAGGGAUCUAAUAAAGUUUUCGGAGGAGGAGACAGCGGGGGGAUCCUUGCGGAGGGGCGGGGCUGGGGCGAGAGGGGCCGGAGGCUACAAGAAGAGAGCCCGCGGGACGCCGGCGAGAGGAGAGCCGCCGAGCCGAGCCGAGCCGAGCCGGAGCGUGCCCCUGUUGGAGAACGGGCCCGGGACCCCUGUGUAAUGUUCAAGCUCAGAAAUGCCUUAUGUGGAUCGUCAGAAUCGAAUUUGUGGUUUUCUAGACAUUGAAGAAAAUGAGAAUAGUGGGAAAUUUCUGCGGAGGUACUUCAUCCUGGAUACCAGAGAAGAUAGUCUGGUCUGGUACAUGGAUAAUCCACAGAAUCUUCCUUCUGGAUCCCCUCCUGUUGGAGCUAUUAAACUCACCUACAUUUCAAAGGUUAGCGAUGCAACUAAGCUCAGGCCAAAGGCAGAAUUCUGUUUUGUAAUGAAUGCUGGAAUGAGGAAAUAUUUUUUACAAGCCAAUGAUCAGCAGGACCUAGUUGAAUGGGUAAAUGUUUUGAACAAAGCUAUAAAAAUAACAGUACCAAAGCAAUCAGAUCCACAGUCUCAUUCUGAUAGCUUAAUUCGCCAAGUUGAAGCUCCAGGUGGAAAAAAGCAGGUGUCUUACAGGACAGAAAUUGUGGGAGGUGUGCCUAUUAUAACACCAACUCAGAAAGAAGAAGUAAAUGAAUCUAGUGACAAUAUUGACAGGAAUAAUCUGAAACGGUCACAAAGCCAUCUUCCUUACUUUACUCCUAAACCACCUCCAGAUAAUGCAGUUAUCAAAGCGGGUUAUUGCGUUAAACAGGGGGCAGUGAUGAAGAACUGGAAGCGAAGAUACUUUCAAUUGGAUGAAAAUACAAUAGGUUACUUCAAAUCUGAACUGGAAAAGGAACCUCUCCGGAUAAUACCACUUAAGGAGGUUCAUAAAGUCCAAGAAUGUAAACAGAGUGACAUAAUGAUGAGGGACAAUCUCUUUGAAAUUGUAACCACGUCUAGAACCUUCUAUGUGCAGGCAGACAGCCCAGAGGAGAUGCAUAAUUGGAUUAAAGCAAUUUCUGGUGCCAUAGUAGCACAACGGGGACCUGGAAGAUCCGCAACUUCUGAGCAUUCCAACUGUUCUUCAGAAUCCAGCUAUGCUCUCCGUUCUGCCAGUGCAACAGCAGCCACCUCACAUUCCACAGCCUCUCGCCACAACUCUCUGGGCUCAAGCUUUACCCUGGAGAAGCGAGGAUUUUACGAAUCUUUUGCCAAGGUCAAGCCAGGGAACUUCAAGGUCCAGACUCUCACUCCAAGAGAACCAACUUCCAAAGUGACUGUCCAAGCCAUGCCGAAACCUCAGCAUCACAAUGGCCCUCAGGAAAGAGAGAAUGACCUAGUGGAUCUGGAUGAUGCAAGCCUUCCAGUUAGUGAUGUGUAAGAAGGGAAACAUUUGGAGAGAAGGAUCUGCUAAUUAAAUGCUUGAUUUCCUUUUAUAGGGGCUUCUAGCCAAAGAUGAGAAAGAAAGAAAGGAGAGGGUAAAAUACAUUUGGGAAAGAUUUACGUGAAAUGUGCUGCCUCUGACUUGUUUUUCUUAUAAGCUGGUAAUCCCAGGUAAUCUAGAGAAUGCCAGAUUAGAACCAAGCUCUUAAAAUAUUAAGAAUAUUUUUCAGUACCAAGGAUCUAAAUUCAGUUCAAUAAAUACUGAUGUAAGCACCUACUAAGAAAAUUUGGCCAUUUCAUACAUACCAAAUUAAAAAUAUUCAUUUUUUUGAUGGGUAGAGGAGAUACAUUGAUCUUAUUAUAUUGAGUCUUCUUUAAAAAAAGGUGGAUGUGAAGGCCUCUUUUAAGUAUUUCAAUAUCCAUACCUUUUAAUUAAUCAGCAUUAAUAUCAUUUGCAUCGUAUGUCUGUGGUGCUGCAAAAUUUUCUUUAGAAUGUUGAUAAUUUUGAAAAUUAGGCCUUUUUUCCCCUUCUUUUUAAAAAAUGCACUGGUUCUUAAGGUGAGUAGUCACUUUUGCACAUCAGGUAUUAUUGGACCAUCUUUAUAAGGGUUUUGGUUGGAUUGGGUUAAGGGAAAAAAUGGGAACUCAAACUACUAUAUCCUAGACAUUUGAACUAAAUACAUUUUAUAUUGUAUUAUAUCAGGCCUUGCUUUGUUCAGUGUUUAAAAUUACAUUAUUUGGUAUGAGUUUUUGAGAGAUUUGGUUUUUCUUAUCAACAUUUUGUGAAUAAUUAUUGUUUCUAUAUUUGGAUCAGUGAAAGACCUCAAGUUUAUUUUGUAUGUAAAGACACAAUUGAUGACCUCUCUUAGUCAUUCAGUUGUGGCUUGUAACUUUUGUCACUGAUGAUCUAUAUUAAAGUGCCUGUGUUCUCAUUUUAUUUCUAAACAUGUUGAGAUCAAUGUGUUCAUGACCCUACCUUAACUGGUUUAAAACUUUGGGAUGAGAUUGUAUUUGAGUAGUAUAAUUUGUAUUAAACUAUUUAAGAUAAUGUCUUAUGCUAGGGAUGUCAGAAUACUGAUGUUACAUCUCCUAGCUGUGCAAUAUGUACAUUUCUAAAACUGAAUUCUGGAUAUACAUUAUAUUAUACAAUGUCAUAAAUAUGAACAAUAAUUCUGAGGAAUCUUUAAAUUUCAGAUAUUUAAUAGUAGAACUAAAUUGAGCAUGUAUCAUUUUGUGAUUCAGUUUUGAAAACAUUUGCUUUAACCAAACAAUCUUGAAUUUUAUGUGCUGCUAUUUUUGUGAUUAAAAUUUGCCAUUUUGCAGUAGCUUGUUUUCUGCAAAUUAAUAGUUAACAUGUCAUGUGGGUCUCUUUUCAUUUUCCAAAUUGACUUCGUGUCUAUGAGAUACUGAAGUUUUCUACUAAAAUAGUGAUAUCUAAGGGUCACAUAAUCUGCAUAAUUGCCAGAAUUAAGUAUAACAAUUUAAAAAACAAAAUGGAUAAAGGAUACUAUUGUUGAGGGUUUUUAUUUUUAUUCAUAAGCUAACAUUUAUAAAAGUUGUACUUGUAAACUUUUCAUUUUCUUUGUCAGAGUUUUUGAAAUUUUGGAUUUUGGUUCAGACCUGUGAUUUCAUUGGUAUAGAGAGUUCCCAGUCUCUCUACCAAUGCAGAUCAACAACUGUUCUCCAAUUUAUAGCCUUUUGGGCCUUGAAAUGUUAAGUGGGACUGCUUUUGGUCACCUGUCAGAAUGUGUGAGAAGUGAGAUUUGAACCCAGGGUCUUCCUAGCACUCAGGCCAUCUUUAUGUACUAUAUUAUAUCUCUCUUGGCAAAAAUCUAUGAGAGUUAAUUACAGAAUUAAACUGUUUUAAAGCAAGUUAAAAUUGUUUAAUGUAUUAAAAAUAGUAGUUAUUUUUAAAAUUUCUGAAAGUAUACCUGUGAAGAACAGUUUUCAUUCUAAACCUGAAUUUAACUUUCUUUGGUACAACUUUUACCUUGCAUGUUCAUUUUAGUAUUUCGGUAUUGGCGAUUUGACAUAUUUGGUGGAGGCAGAAGUUUAGCUCCAUUUUGGGACUUUUUAUAGAACUACUAUGGUAGUUCAUUAGCAUAGGAAAAUGUUCUUGUGGUUGAUAAUUGUCAGGGUCUCCUAAUAUUUAUCAAUACUUUUAUAAAUCUAUGAAAAUUGUUAAAUUAUUUUAGAACUUGUGCUGUUUCUUGUAAAUAUGUCACAUUUUGAAUUGUCAAUAAAUUAGUUUGGAUAACUUA